GUGAUGUGUAAUUGUGUGGUGGUGAUGUCGUCAACAACCGUUCUGGCUGCUUGGUUCGUGAAAGAAUCAAUCAACCCAUAGUGUGUGGUCUUGUGGUUGGAGCACGAGUGAACGGGGCAAACGAGAGGGAGGGGGCCCUGCUGCUCUUGUCCACCACACCUUGUUCAACAGUACCGCUUUCUGUCCACUUGCUGUUGGCUCUCGUGGCUGGUUCUCUUUGUGCUCACACAAAUCACCAACGCACGCACACACGCACACACAACACACACACAUCACAUCACAGAACCACACACACACACACACACACAUCACAUUCAACACACCACACACACACACACAUCGCAUUCAACACACCACACACACACAUCGCAUUCAACGCACCACACACACACACAUCACAUUCAACACACCACACACACACACACACACACGCCACACACAACAGCAGACAUGGGCAGGAAGAACGCUGCCAACAGCAGCAUGCUGCAGGAGGCGUCGAUGAACAACUACUCCAUGACAUCGGCGGCCUCAGGCGCAUCAUCGUCGGGGCGCGGGAAACGCCGCGCAAAAACCCGCAACAUUGCCAUCGCCAGUACAAAGGAGGUGCAAUGGCAAGGCAUCUUCAUGAUCAUCGUCUGGCUGUGCGUGAUGGGCAGCCUCAUCUUCUUCGCCAACCCGGAGGCGUCCCGCCGCGUCUUCGCCAAGUUCUCCCACCUGCAGAGCUUCUACGGCGCCACCUCCGUGGCCUUUGCCUUUGCUACGGGCCUCGACAUCCUGGCCUACGUCAACGCCGUCUCCGAUGAGAAGCGCGUGCUGUCCGGCAUCCUGGCCUACGUCGACGGCGUCGCCUGCAUCUCCUACCUCUCCAUGGCCACCCUCAACCUCUACUUCCUUGUCGACUCCACCCAGGGCAACCCGGUCUGGCUCAUGCGCUACGCGGAGUGGAUCAUCACCUGCCCCACCCUCCUGUACUGGUGCGGCCUCGCCUCCCGCGCCGACCGCUCCUCCGUCUCCGACAUUGCCACGGCAGACGCGCUGCUCCUUGCCGGCGGCGCCCUCUCCUCCAUCCUCCCGAGCUGGCCCGCCUUCUUCGUGUUUGCGGGCUCCUUCGCCACGUACAUCUAUGUCAUGCUGCACAUGUGGGGCAUGUUCGGCAAGGCCAUGCAGCCGGACUUCCAGCCGCCGCCGCCGCUCCCGCGCCACGCCCUGCACCUGCUGCGCUGCGAGAUUGUCAUGUCCUGGAGCAUCUUCCCCUUGGUCGAGUUUCUGCGGCGCCAGGGGUACAUCGACUUCCAGGUGGGCGAGGCCAUGAACUGCGUGGCGGACUACGCCGCCAAGGUUGGCCUGGCCAUGAUCAUGGUCAACUGCAACCUGGAGCAGAUCAACGCCCUGCGCGUGCAGCAGAUGCACUCCGCGCUCACGGGCAUGCUCAAGGUUAUGCGCAAGACCAACCUCUCCUCCUCGCGCAUGGCGCAGCUGGACGGCGUGGACGACGACGUCAAGUCGUGGAUCAUGAACGAGUUUUCGGGCUCGACCGACGGCAAGGGCGGCGACGACGCAAAGGCACAGCAGCGCGCGCGCGGGCGCAAGGGCCACUCCGCAGCCAUGGACGCAGAGAAGCUUGCGGCGUCCAGCCUCUUCACGUGGGAUUUUGACGCGCUGGACAAGUCGGACGAGGACCUGACGGCGGUGUGCGUGCGCGUGUUCCAGGAGCUGCACGUGAUUGAGCAGUUCAACAUUGACGAGAAGAAGCUGCGCAAGUGGCUGCAGAAGGUGCGCACGCAGUACAACAAGAACCCCUUCCACAACUGGCGCCACGCCGUGAUGGUGCUGCACACCACCUACCUCCUCCUCACCUCCGUUGCCACCGAGUUUAUCACAGAGGUUGAGCUGCUGGCCAUGCUCAUUGCGGCGCUGAGCCACGACCUGGACCACAACGGCCUCACCAACGCCUUCCACAUCAACUCCCGCUCCGAGCUUGCGCUCGUGUACAACGACCAGAGCGUGUUGGAGAACCACCACAGCCACCUUGCCUUUGAGAUUCUGCUGGAGAAGGGCUGCAACGUUGUGGAGAACCUGGACGAAGAUGAGUUCAAGCGCUUGCGCGCAGUCAUCAUCAACUGUAUCCUCAACACGGACAUGGCCACGCACCACACCAAGCUGUCCAAGAUGGAGGAGGUGAACCGCCUCGGAGGGUUUAUCAACCUGGCCGAGAACAAUGACCAGCGCCUGUUUGUGCUCGCUGUGCUGCUGCACACGGCCGACCUGCACAACCCCAUCAAGCCCUUUGAGAGCAACAAGCGCUGGUCCGCCCGCCUCCAGAAGGAAUUCAACAACCAGGUUGAGCUUGAAGCGAAGAUGAACCUGCCAUCGCUUCCGUUUAUGCGCGGCAACGACGAGGAGUCGCUUGCCAAGGGCGAGAUUGGCUUUAUCAACUUUGUUGUCAAACCAUGGCACCAGCAGCUGUCACAGGCCUUUCCCAAGCUUGAUUUCCUCCUGGACACCAUUGACGCCAACCUUGCCGAGUGGAAGGCCAUUGCAGAGUCCUACAGACAAAUGCAUUGAAAGCCGCAUGCGGCACUUCAUGUGUGUGUGUCUGUGAGUGGUUGUGUGUGUGUGUC